CAUCAUCCCAAGAGACGAAAUGCAGCAGCUUCGUGUUGCUCAGCAUUGAGCUCGCUCUCCACAUGAACAUUUGAUCCUCAUGGCUGCUUCUUUGCUACUCCGGGGGCAUCCUCUUCUUCGGUUGGGGCUCAGACACCGCGGUCUAUGCACUGGAAUCGUACAGGUGACUCGCCGGUCUUGCUGUACUGCGACGGCGGCGCCUACUCCACCAGACGGCAACUUAACAUCUGCUGAAAAUAUUACCUCAGUUUUGAGUUCCAGUGACCCACCCAAGUACUCAAGGUGGGAUGAGCCUGAUUAUCGGAAGUGGAAGGACCAGGAAGAGGAAAUGCUCAACGACAUCGAGCCUAUCAUAUCCCUCACAAAAGAGAUCCUCCACUCAAAUAGGUAUGUGGAUGGAGAGCGAUUGACAUCUGUGGACGAGAGAAUUGUGGUUAACAGGCUUCUUGCUCAUCAUCCACAUGCCGAAGACAAAAUUGGAUGUGGACUUGAAUCCAUCAUGGUCGAUCGGCAUCCCCAAUUUCGGCACUCAAGAUGCCUCUUUGUUAUAAGGACUGAUGGUGGAUGGAUUGACUUCUCGUAUCAAAAGUGUCUUCGGGCAUAUAUCCGAAAUAAGUAUCCAUCAUAUGCAGAGCGGUUUAUCCGGGAACAUUUCAAACGUGGCAGUUGAUGARUUUGAGCCUGGAUGCUGAGUUGUGGAUAUGGUUUUCUUUUUAUUAAGAGUAAUGUAUGACUGAUUAGAUGAGUUAUUUAUGGUUGGUGACCUACAUGAAGGCAAGAUGUAUAGAUUGUCAAUGCAGUGGAUAUCAUAUCCUGGACAGGCACCGCACAAUUUUUGAAACUGAUAACAAUCGAUAAUCAUUGAAAUGAACUUCACUUCAUUGA